AUAUCGACAAAUUUUGGACAAGGCCAUUCAGUUUACAGAUGCAGAUCAGCUGGAAUCCUUGAAGGCCUUUGUUGAAGCAAUGGUCAAUGAAAAUGUCAGUCUUGUCAUCUCGAGACAGCUGCUCACUGACUUCUGCACACAUCUGCCAAACCUGCCUGACGCCACAGCUAAAGCAGUGUAUCACUUCACCUUGGAAAAGAUUCAGCCGAGGGUCAUCUCCUUUGAGGAACAAGUAGCCUCAAUCAGACAGCACUUAGCAACCAUAUAUGAAAAGGAGGGAGACUGGAGAAAUGCUGCCCAGGUUUUAGUUGGUAUUCCCCUGGAAACAGGACAGAAGCAAUACAAUGUUGACUAUAAGCUGGAUACCUACCUGAAAAUUGCCCGUCUCUACCUGGAGGAUGAUGAUCCAGUGCAGGCGGAGGCCUACAUCAACAGAGCCUCAUUGCUUCAGAAUGAGUCCUCUAAUGAACAGCUGCAGAUACACUAUAAGGUGUGCUAUGCCAGAGUCCUAGACUUCAGGAGGAAGUUUAUUGAAGCUGCACAAAGAUACAACGAGCUGUCUUAUAAGUCAAUUGUCCAUGAGACCGAACGUCUGGAGGCACUGAAACAUGCCCUGAACUGCACCAUACUGGCCUCUGCAGGCCAGCAGCGUUCCCGUAUGUUGGCCACUCUUUUUAAGGAUGAGCGCUGUCAGCAGCUGGCUACCUAUGGCAUUCUGGAGAAGAUGUACUUGGACCGCAUUAUCAGAGGAAACCAGCUACAGGAGUUUGCUGCCAUGCUGAUGCCCCACCAGAAAGCCACCACAGCGGAUGGCUCCAGCAUCCUCGACAGAGCUGUGAUCGAACACAACCUCCUGUCUGCAAGCAAACUCUACAACAACAUCACUUUUGAAGAACUAGGAGCACUGUUGGAAAUCCCCCCAGCAAAGGCUGAAAAAAUAGCUUCCCAGAUGAUCACCGAAGGACGCAUGAAUGGCUUCAUCGACCAGAUAGAUGGAAUUGUACACUUUGAAACCCGUGAACCACUUCCCACAUGGGACAAACAGAUCCAGUCUCUGUGUUUCCAAGUCAACAACCUCCUAGAAAAGAUCCGUCAGGCUGCUCCAGAGUGGGCUGCGCAGGCUUUGGAAGCCCAGAUGACCCAGUAAACAUCUCCACCCCAUCCCAAAAAAUAUAUAAAAAAUCCCCUAAACUGCUCCCUCAGCCUGUGCUGAAGUGUUGUCUUCCUGGUCAGAAGCGUCACCACUUCAGUCCCAGUGAUGGAAACGCCCAAGGAGAAGCCUCUGCUAUCACCAUCACUUGAAUUUUUCAGAGAACACUGUUUUAUUACAUUUGCCCAGAGGGAACAUAGUUUAAUGUUUCUCAAUAUUUCCGAUCUGAUGUAACAUUAAGGUGUGACUUCAUAUUAUUUACUUGGCAUGUUAAAGAUUUGGAUGUGAUUAUUCAGAUAGUUGACAUGUAAUAGGGGUCAAAAAGAAGUGAGAAAUGCAAACAACUGGUCAGUUUAAGCUUUUGUGUUCCAACACGUUCUUGUGUUUUUAACUUAACAUAAUUACACAGCAAUGUCUAUCAAAUGGCUCUUGAUUUAUGGCGUCGUGUAAACCUUCUCGGUCCACAUUUAUUAAAUUUCAGCAAAGAGAAUUAAAUUCAAAACUGAGAGAAGAAGUUCAGCA